CUUUCCAGCUGGAGUCUAGGGCGCUUGACUGCUCCCCAGUUUCCGUAGGGAAGCGCCGGGCUACUGCAGCUAUUGUGCGUCGUGCUGUUGCCUUCCUCUUCCCGCUCAGGCGUCUUUGGAGGAAAGCUACGUUUCAUUGCCGCCCCAGUUUAACCCCUCUGGCGCUUAACAAGACAGCAGGCCGGUUGCCUUGGACCAGGAGGAACUUUGGGAGACGGAGGACUGUUAACGAGACCCUAGGGUGCAAGUAAGAUACAGUUGAAGGAGCCCGAGUGCCCCGGCUUGGUGCGAGGGCUUCGCCGGGGCAGAGAGUAGGCUCUGGCUUUAAGAAGAGGGAGGGGACAGUGCGAUCCGGGUUGCCCUUGGAGUUCUGCAAAGGAAAUCUUCAGCUGGCUAGUCAGCAGGGAGCAAGGAGAGGCAGCUCCCAUCCCCGGCGCUCACCCUCGCCUACACCCUGGGCGGGCCGAAGUGUCACGUUUGCAAUUGCCCAGGAAGGAUCCGGCCGGUCUCUGGAGGCGAGCCAAGCUGCAGUUUCUGCUGACUGUCAGGGGGCGAUGCCUAGGGCACAUGCUGCUUGCUAGGAAGCACCCCGCCGGGAUCCAACUGCCUUAGUUAGCUCUCCCGGUCACCUGAAGCAAUCACCAGGCCGCCUGUUUCCGGUACAAACCAGCCAGCUGUCCCCAGGAAUCUCAUCAGAACAGAACCAUGGGGCAUCCCCCGCUGGAGUUCAGCGAUUGCUACCUGGACAGCCCUGAUUUCCGCGAGAGGCUCAAGUGUUAUGAGCAGGAGCUGGAGAGGACCAAUAAAUUCAUCAAAGACGUGAUUAAAGACGGCAAUGCGCUUAUCGGUGCAAUGAGAAAUUAUUCCUCUGCUGUUCAGAAAUUUUCCCAGACGUUGCAAUCCUUUCAGUUUGAUUUCAUUGGAGAUACUCUGACUGAUGACGAGAUUAACAUUGCUGAAUCCUUCAAGGAAUUUGCCGAAUUGCUCAACGAAGUAGAAAAUGAGAGGAUGAUGAUGGUACACAAUGCUAGUGAUUUGCUGAUCAAACCCCUGGAAAAUUUCCGGAAGGAACAGAUAGGCUUCACAAAGGAGCGGAAAAAGAAAUUUGAAAAGGAUGGUGAGAGAUUUUAUUCCUUGCUGGAUCGGCAUUUACAUCUGUCUUCCAAAAAGAAAGAAUCCCAGUUACAAGAGGCAGACCUCCAGGUGGACAAGGAGAGGCACAAUUUCUUUGAGUCCUCCCUUGAUUAUGUUUAUCAAAUCCAGGAAGUUCAGGAGUCUAAGAAGUUCAAUAUUGUGGAACCAGUCUUGGCCUUUCUUCAUAGCCUCUUCAUUUCCAACAGCUUGACUGUGGAGCUCACACAGGAUUUCCUCCCUUAUAAACAGCAGCUCCAGCUCAGUUUACAGAAUACAAGAAAUCAUUUCUCCAGUACCCGAGAAGAGAUGGAAGAACUUAAGAAAAGGAUGAAAGAAGCUCCUCAGACAUGCAAACUUCCAGGACAGCCAACCAUCGAAGGCUAUCUCUAUACCCAAGAGAAAUGGGCUUUGGGAAUAUCCUGGGUGAAAUACUACUGCCAAUAUGAGAAGGAGACCAAAACACUCACUAUGAUGCCUAUGGAACAGAAGCCAGGUGCUAAGCAGCAGGGGCCCUUGGAUUUAACCCUGAAGUACUGUGUGAGAAGGAAGACCGAGUCUAUUGACAAGAGAUUCUGUUUUGAUAUAGAAACCAAUGAAAGACCGGGCACCAUCACUCUGCAGGCCCUUUCGGAAGCUAACAGAAGACUAUGGAUGGAGGCCAUGGAUGGGAAAGAACCUAUCUACCACAGUCCCAUAACAAAACAGGAAGAAAUGGAGCUGAAUGAAGUGGGGUUCAAGUUUGUUAGGAAAUGCAUCAAUGUCAUUGAGAGCAAAGGGAUCAAGACAGAGGGAUUGUACCGUACUGUGGGCAGCAAUAUUCAAGUUCAGAAGCUGCUGAAUGCCUUUUUUGAUCCUAAAUGCCCAGGAGAUGUUGAUUUUAAUAAUAGUGACUGGGACAUUAAGACAGUCACCAGCUCCUUGAAAUUCUACCUCAGGAAUCUUUCUGAACCUGUCAUGACCUAUAGACUUCACAAAGAGCUGGUCUCUGCUGCCAAGUCUGACAACCUGGAUUAUCGGCUGGGAGCUAUUCACUCCCUGGUAUAUAAGCUACCUGAAAAGAACCGAGAGAUGCUGGAAAUUCUUAUAAGACACUUGGUCAAUGUGUGUGAGCACAGCAAAGAGAAUCUUAUGACCCCCUCAAAUAUGGGGGUGAUCUUCGGGCCCACUCUGAUGAGAGCUCAGGAGGACACUGUGGCUGCCAUGAUGAACAUCAAAUUCCAGAACAUUGUGGUGGAAAUCCUAAUUGAGCACUUUGUCAAGAUCUAUUCAGGUCCACCUGAAGAAAGUACUGCACCUCCAGUGCCUCCGCCUCGAGCGACAGCAAGGAGGCACAAACCAAUCACAAUUUCAAAGCGCUUGCUGCGGGAAAGGACUGUUUUCUAUACUUCUUCCCUGGAUGAAAGUGAAGAUGAAAUCCAACAUAGAACACCCAAUGGUACCAUCAGCAGUAGUAUAGAACUGCCCAAGCCACUUCAAUACCCCAAAAUACCUAUGCAGAGAAGUGGGGAAGCUGAUUCUGGGAGGAAGUCCCCAAGCAGACCUGUUUCAGAGGGCAAGUUGGAGUCCUGCCUCGAGGUGGAUGUGGGGAAGUUGGUGUCUAGGCUACAGGAUGGAGGGACCAAGGCCUUACCAAAGGCAACCAAUGGACCUGUUCCAGGCACUGGGCCCAGUAAGGCCCCAUCUUUCCACAUAAAGAGACCUGCUCCUCGGGCCAUGGCUCACCACAAGGAGGGAGACUCUGACAGUUUCAGCAAAGUGCGGCCUCCAGGAGAAAAGCCAACCAUCAUCCGCCCCCCAGUGAGGCCUCCAGACCCUCCCUGCCGGGCAGCUACUCCUCAGAAACCGGAACCAAAGCCAGACAUUGUGGCUGGCAAUGCAGGGGAAAUCCCUUCGUCCGUGGUGGCUUCCAGGACCAGGUUUUUUGAAACAGCAUCCCGGAAAACAGGAAGUUCUCAAGGCAGACUUCCUGGAGAUGAGAGUUGAGGCCUCAGGUUUUAAAAGCCUUGGCCUCAGGGGAUCCUUUCCAGGUUCUAGAAGGGUCUUCUUCAAACCCUUGUGUGCUGAAUCAUUUUGUACUGAAGAGCAGAUCUUUCCUGGCCCUGCACCUUCAGGCUCUGGGAUGCUAUAAAAUAAGGGACAUAUGUCCUAGACACAUGUUUAUUUCUCCUUUAUAGUCUGUCUUCAUUCCCUCAGAAGGUCUAUCUUGAGCUCCUGUAAGACUGUUAAUGGCUGAACUCCCUCAAGCCAAACUGCAGAAAACAAGCUGUCCACUGACCCGAGUUGAAGAGAGGAGCUCAGUUUUCAACUCUUCCUGCCUCCUCAAAAGGCCAUCUAGCUCCGAAAGAUUUGGGGCUAAAAGUUACUUGACUUGGGGCCAUUGUUUACCUUGGAAGUAGGGGAGUAGGAAGGAAUGUUUGCUGAACAUUGGAGAAUCUUAACAUGUCUCACUGAUGAUAUGGACCCUGGUGCCAGGAUGGAGCUCUGGCACUAUAAUAUCUUGCCAAGAACAUGUCUGCUCCUGUGGUGCCAGACAGAAUGAGUGAUGCCCCUACAACCCCUCCAUAUAGACUCUGGAGGUCAUUUAGGACUAAUCUGCAAAGCAUGUUUUGUAUGUUAAAGCCUAGGUCUGUUAGUUAUUCUUCCUCCUGUUUUCUCCUGACAGCUUCAUUUGCAAGCAAUCAAGAAAGAAACAAAUCUGAAAAACAGUUAUUUUUAAAAAGGCAGACUGCGUUUGUGCUAUAGGAGUUCCAUUUUGGGGUCAAAUGCUGGGAAAUUGUUAAGAUGGAUUGAGGCCAGGCAGUUUUCACUGUUGUUCCAUGUUUGCCUUCUGCUUAUAAGCUCUUUUAUAUUCUGAAAGAAACAGUUCUUAACCCAAUAUCUAUGGCUUCAGGAACUCCGAAAUGGUAUGCAGACUUCCACAACAAUGUGCCUUUUCUGGAAAGAUGGUCUGUAACAUUCUAGUGAAUUUCAGAUUGGACCUGUGACACAAUAAAGGUUAAGAACCAUA